UAGCAGCAACAAUAUGGCGACAACCGCAGUUUCUCCCCAAUCUUUUCCACAUCUGCAGUCCUGCAACGCCUCUCCGGAUUUAUUGUAACCUUUACAAAAGCUGCUACUGUGGAUGGUACAAACCUAAUGACCAAGUAGCUGCAGGAUGAAAACAUGGCUGCACCCCUUAUUGCACCGCCAGGACCUAAUAGUUUCAGGAGGUUUACUGUGGAAUCUUUGGCGGUCCUUGAGCAGCGCAUCCAAGAAGAGAAGAACAAGAAGCCACCCAAGCAGGACAGCAGCUAUCGUGAUGACGAUGAUGAGAACAAGCCCAAACCCAACAGCGAUUUGGAGGCUGGGAAGAGUCUGCCCUACAUCUAUGGGGACACCCCUAAGGGAAUGGUGGCGGUACCACUGGAGGAUCUGGACCCAUUCUACCUGAAUUCUCAGAAAACAUUUAUAGUGCUAAAUAGAGGGAAGACAAUCUUCCGUUUUAGUGCCACACCUGCCUUGUACUUCAUAAGUCCUUUCAAUCCGGUUAGGCAAUUAGCUAUUAAAAUUUUGAUACAUUCUCUUUUCAGCAUGAUCAUUAUGUGUACUAUUUUGACCAACUGUAUAUUCAUGACCUUUAGCGAUCCCCCUGAGUGGUCAAAGCAAGUAGAGUACACAUUCACGGGAAUUUAUACAUUUGAGUCUCUUGUAAAAAUCACUGCUCGUGGAUUCUGUAUAGAUGGGUUUACAUUCCUAAGAGAUCCAUGGAACUGGCUGGAUUUCAUGGUCAUUUCGAUGGCAUAUGUAACAGAGUUUGUGGACCUGGGCAAUGUAUCUGCGCUGAGAACGUUCAGAGUUCUCCGAGCAUUGAAAACUAUCUCUGUCAUUCCAGGUCUGAAGACCAUUGUGGGUGCCCUGAUCCAGUCUGUGAAGAAACUUUCAGAUGUGAUGAUCCUGACCGUCUUCUGCUUGAGUGUCUUUGCCCUUAUUGGUCUCCAGCUGUUCAUGGGCAACCUGCGCCACAAAUGUGUCAUCUGGCCAAUCGAUGUCAAUGAGACUUACCUGAACAACGGCAGCAAGGGCUUUGACUGGAAUGAGUACAUCAUGAACGACACCAAUUUCUAUUUCUUGCCUGGCCAGGGGGAUGCUUUGCUUUGUGGGAACAGCUCAGAUUCUGGUCGCUGCCCGGAGGGCUACACAUGCAUGAAAGCUGGGAGGAAUCCAAACUACGGCUACACCAGCUUCGACAGCUUCGGCUGGGCCUUCCUGGCUCUCUUCCGACUUAUGACACAGGACUUCUGGGAAAACCUUUACAUGCUGACCUUGAGGGCAGCAGGGAAGACCUACAUGAUCUUCUUUGUCCUGGUGAUCUUUGUGGGCUCAUUCUACUUGGUGAACUUGAUUCUGGCUGUGGUAGCCAUGGCUUAUGAAGAGCAGAACCAAGCCACCAUGGAAGAGGCCCUGCAGAAGGAAGAAGAAUUCAAGGCCAUGCUGGAGCAACUGAAGAAGCAGCAGGAAGAUGCCCAGCAAAACAACAUGGCGACUUCUGCAGGCACAGUGUCAGAGGAUGCCGUAGAGGACGAUGGAGGAGGGCAUCUGUCUUGCAGUUCCUCUGAGAUGUCAAAGCUUAGUUCCAAGAGUGCCAAAGAACGUCGCAACCGGAAGAAAAAGUGGCGUCAGAAAGAGCAGGAGAAAGAGAAAGGCGACAGUGAGAAGUUUGUCAAGUCAGAGUCAGAUGAUGGCAGCAAAAGGAGCCGCUUCCGUUUCCCUGAUAACCGCCUUGGUCGAAAGUCUUCCAUUAUGAACCAGUCUCUCCUGAGCAUACCUGGCUCUCCUUUCCUCUCCCGCCACAACAGCAAGAGCAGCAUCUUUAGUUUCAAGGGCCGCAGCAAGGACGUGGGCUCGGAAAACGAAUUCGCCGAUGAUGAGCAUAGCACGGUUGAGGAGUGUGAGGAGCGCCGUGGCUCCCUGUUCAGCCCUUACCGGCGGAGCAGCUACAGCGGCUUCCACGGAAAGAGGAACAGCACAGUGGAUUGCAACGGGGUGGUGUCGCUCAUCGGCCCUGGGCUCGGUGGACGCCUUCUGCCUGAGGUGAAAAUAGAUAAGGCAGCUACUGACGACAGUCCGACUACUGAGGUUGAGGUGAAGAAGAAGCUGUCGGGCUCCCUGAUGGUGUCUGUGGACCAGCUCAAUACCUCCUUUGGGCGGAAAGAGCGGGCCAACAGUGUCAUGAGCGUCAUUACCAACACACUAGUGGAGGAACUGGAGGAGUCUCAGCGCAAGUGUCCGCCAUGCUGGUAUAAGUUUUCUAACACAUUCCUGAUCUGGGAGUGCAGCCCCAAAUGGAUUAAGAUCAAGGAGAUUGUAAACCUGAUAGUCAUGGAUCCCUUUGUGGACUUGGCCAUCACUAUCUGUAUCGUCCUCAACACCCUCUUCAUGGCCAUGGAGCACUACCCCAUGACCCCUGACUUUGAGCAUAUGCUGUCUGUAGGCAACCUGGUGUUCACAGGAAUCUUUGCAGGGGAGAUGCUCUUCAAGCUAGUGGCCAUGGAUCCUUACUAUUACUUCCAAGAGGCCUGGAACUGUUUUGAUGGCUUUAUUGUGACGCUGAGUUUAGUGGAGCUGGCUCUGGCUGAUGUUGAGGGUCUUUCUGUGCUGCGUUCAUUCCGAUUGCUGAGGGUGUUUAAGUUGGCUAAAUCAUGGCCCACGCUCAACAUGCUGAUCAAGAUCAUUGGUAACUCAGUGGGAGCCUUGGGAAACUUGACUCUGGUGCUGGCCAUCAUCGUCUUCAUCUUUGCCGUGGUGGGCAUGCAGCUAUUCGGAAAGAGCUACAAAGACUGUGUGUGUAAGAUUGCCACUAAUUGUGAAUUGCCUCGCUGGCACAUGAACGACUUCUUCCACUCCUUUCUGAUUGUCUUCCGGGUGCUGUGCGGCGAGUGGAUCGAGACCAUGUGGGACUGUAUGGAAGUGGCAGGACAGGCAAUGUGUCUCAUUGUCUUCAUGAUGGUCAUGGUCAUUGGUAACCUGGUGGUUUUGAACUUGUUCCUUGCCUUGCUGCUGAGCUCAUUCAGUGCUGACAACUUGGCUGCAACAGAUGAUGAUGGAGAACCCAACAAUCUGCAGAUUUCCGUCAUGCGUAUCAAGAAGGGCAUUGCAUGGAUAAAAGCUAAGAUGCGAAUUCUGGUGGCAAGUCUACUGAGGAAAUCACCAAUGGAGGACGAGCAGAAACCUUUGGAUGACAUGUAUGACAAGAAGCCGAACUGUAUUGCUAAUCACACUGGGGUGGACAUAAACCGAGACAUGGACUAUGCUAAGAACGGCAACGGCACAACCAGUGGUAUUGGCAGCAGCGUUGGCAAAUAUAUGAUUGACGAGGACCACAUGUCAUUCAUCCACAACCCGAAUCUGACAGUAUGUGUACCCAUUGCUGUGGGAGAGUCCGACUUUGAGAACCUAAACACUGAGGACUUCAGCAGCGAGUCAGACAUCGAAAACAGCAAAGAGCUGGAUGACACCAGUUCCUCAGAGGGCAGCACCAUUGACAUUAAGCCAGACGUGGAGGAGGUGGUGGUGGUGGUGGAGACGGUGGAAGAAUACAUGGAACCAGAACCAUGCUGGACAGAUGCUUGUGUGGCUAAGUAUAAGUGCUGUGACGUCGACAUCACUAUGGGCUGGGGGAAGAGCUGGUGGUUCCUGAGAAAAACCUGCUACCUGAUUGUGGAGCACAACUGGUUUGAAACUCUCAUCAUCUUCAUGAUCCUCCUCAGCAGUGGUGCCCUGGCUUUUGAAGAUGUGUACAUCGAGCAGAGGAAAACAAUUCGGAUCAUUCUGGAGUAUGCAGACAGAGUUUUUACCUACAUCUUCAUUCUGGAGAUGCUGCUUAAAUGGGUUGCCUAUGGUUUUGUCAAAUAUUUCACUAAUGCCUGGUGUUGGCUGGACUUCUUCAUUGUUGAUGUGUCUAUAGUCAGCCUUGUAGCUAAUGCGCUGGGCUACUCCGAUCUAGGGCCCAUUAAAUCACUCAGGACACUAAGGGCCUUGAGACCCCUCAGAGCCUUGUCACGUUUUGAAGGGAUGAGGGUGGUAGUCAACGCCUUGGUGGGUGCCAUCCCUUCCAUUAUGAAUGUGUUGCUGGUUUGCCUCAUCUUUUGGCUGAUUUUCAGUAUAAUGGGGGUCAACUUGUUUGCGGGCAAGUACUACUACUGUUUCAAUGAGACAUCGGAGGAAUACUUUUCUGUCGACGUGGUCAAUAACAAAACCCAGUGUGAGGAACUCAUUCAAAGCAACUUUACUGAGGUCAGGUGGAAAAACGUCAAGAUCAACUUUGACAAUGUGGGCGCCGGCUACCUCGCCCUGUUGCAAGUGGCCACAUUCAAAGGCUGGAUGGACAUUAUGUAUGCAGCUGUGGAUUCCAGAGAGGUGGAAGACCAGCCUAACUAUGAAGUCAACAUCUACAUGUACAUCUACUUUGUUGUCUUCAUCAUAUUUGGAUCCUUCUUUACCCUCAACCUCUUCAUUGGUGUGAUCAUUGACAACUUCAACCAGCAGAAGAAAAAGUUUGGUGGUCAGGAUAUCUUCAUGACAGAAGAACAGAAGAAGUACUAUAAUGCCAUGAAAAAACUGGGGUCCAAAAAGCCACAAAAACCCAUUCCUCGACCUCAGAACAAGAUCCAGGGAAUGGUGUUUGAUUUUGUGACGCAGCAAGUCUUCGACAUCUCUAUCAUGAUAUUAAUCUGCCUCAACAUGGUCACCAUGAUGGUGGAAACAGACGACCAGUCGGAUGAAACAGAAAAUGUCCUCUACUGGGUCAACUUCAUCUUUAUUGUAGUCUUCACCACAGAGUUUUUAUUGAAGCUUUUUGCUCUGCGUCAUUAUUACUUCACCAAUGGAUGGAAUAUCUUUGAUGUGGUAGUGGUCAUCCUGUCCAUUGUUGGUAUGUUCCUGGCUGAUUUGAUUGAGAAGUACUUUGUGUCACCAACCUUGUUCAGGGUGAUCAGGUUGGCUCGUAUUGGACGUAUCCUUCGUCUAAUCAAAGGAGCUAAGGGCAUCCGGACUUUACUCUUUGCCUUGAUGAUGUCACUGCCAGCCCUGUUCAAUAUUGGCUUACUGCUCUUUUUGGUCAUGUUCAUCUUCUCCAUCUUUGGCAUGUCUAACUUUGGCUAUGUGAAACAUGGAGCGGGCAUUGAUGACCUGUACAACUUUGAAACUUUUGGCAACAGCAUGAUCAUCCUGUUCAUGAUCACCACAUCGGCUGGCUGGGACGGCUUGCUACUGCCAAUUCUCAACUACCCACCAGACUGCGAUCUUAACUUGGAGAACCCUGGUACAUCAGUAAAGGGUGACUGUGGUAACCCCUCAGUAGGAAUCUUCUUUUUUGUCAUGUAUAUCAUUAUUUCUUUCCUGAUUGUGGUUAACAUGUACAUUGCCAUCAUUCUGGAGAACUUUAGUGUGGCCACAGAGGAAAGUGCUGAUCCACUCAGUGAGGAUGACUUUGAGACCUUCUACGAAAUCUGGGAGAAAUUUGAUCCCACGGCUUCUCAGUUCAUUACUUUUGCCAAGUUGUCGGACUUUGCUGAUGCUUUGGAGCACCCUCUUCGUGUGCCAAAGCCCAACACCAUAGAACUAAUUGCCAUGGACAUGCCCAUGGUGAGUGGUGAUCGUAUUCACUGCCUGGACAUCCUGUUUGCCUUCACAAAGCGCGUGCUGGGUGACAGUGGUGAGUUGGACAUGCUGAGGCAGCAGAUGGAGGAGCGUUUUGUUGCAGCCAACCCCUCCAAAGUGUCGUAUGAACCCAUCACCACCACCCUCCGCCGCAAACAAGAGGAUGUUUCUGCCAGAAUUAUCCAGAAUGCCUACCGCGCUCACCUCAUCAGGCGUGGCAUCAUCUUCAAGCGCCACGCUUUUGCUAACAAUAAACUUGAAAAUGGUGGGACCAACCAAGAGAAGAAGGAGAGCACACCAUCCACAGCUUCUCUCCCAUCUUAUGACAGCGUGACCAAACCUGACAAGGAGAAGCAGGACAAAAACAAAGAGGAUUGGGCCAGAAAAGAGAAGGACAAAAACCAAAAAGAUGAAUGGGAAUCCAAGUGUUAAGAUUAAAUGACUCAAAACCCAAUGAGAUACAGCGAAACAAGACUCUGAGCCCAAACACUUAACAAAUGUAGAAAAAAAACAGUAAAAACAACAAGUAAAAACACACAAAAAAUUGUUUACAUACUCAAAUGCUAUUGAGGAUAUUUGGUUUCCUAUGUUGUCAAAGACAGCUGAACCAAACAUAAUCAGUUUACCGUGGAACUGUUGCUGCAUAGUGACCAAGUUCAUAGAAAUGAGGGAUAAAUAAAAAACUCAUAAACAGUGACUCACAGUGUGCUUGCCAAUGGCACACAUUUCCUUGGGGACCAACUGCCACAGAAUUUACUGGUAAUGAUUGGAGAAAUGCGACAUACCUGCCACCACCAAGUGUGGAAUCCUGCAGCAAAGCUCCGAUGCUACGGGACUGGAUCAUGCAGAUCCUAACAGAACUGUAUCAGCAGUCUAAAGGAGGGUCUGUAACAAUGAGUUUGCCAUCUUUAUCAAGAAGAAAAUUAAUCAGCCAAGCAAGUUUAGCAAUGAGGGGCGCACUAGCAAGGGAGGGGGAACGCAGUAUCGUAGACAAAGAGUUUUUUUGUUUGUUUGUUUGUGCAGAGUAUACUUGCAUCUUUACAUUAUUUGAGCAGCAAAAAAAAAAAAAAAAAAAAAGAAAAAAAAAGAAAGCAUUUGGCCCAUGUCACUGGUCUUUUCAUCCUCUCUUUGUUAUACUGACAUUGAAAUAGACAUUUUCUACAUGGGCUUUCACACUGAGCGAGUAGGGGUCAUUAGUCAGUGUUUUAACUUGGGCUAAAGGAACUUGCUCACACAGACUUCCAGAUAAAUUAUUAUUGUGCUCGUUAAAUGCAUAGAAAUGACUUGCAUGAAGGCAUGUUUUUUGAUCAGGAAUCAUGCAUGAGUAUUCAUAGUCCACAAGACACGAAUUCUCAGACCACUGCAGUGGCUUGGCUGUAAGUUUGAGGCUGUCCGCUGGGGAAAUUAUAAGAACUAUUAAUGAAAAAUGAAGAUUUUGGAUUAUGAUGUAGGUAAUUCUGAGGGAAUAAUGUUUGUAUUACCACACCUUUAAUUAGCUUUUUCUUUUCAAUUGACAGAUAUUUUAAUUCAGACCCUAAUUAAAAUUUCAGUUGAAUAAAAGAUGUAAGCACUCAGAGGCACAGCCUUAGUCGGAUCAGCCAGCAACAACUGACAAAGGUUUUUUUGCUGCUCUGAAUGUUGAUAGCAGACGAGUGUGGAGUAUAUACAGUAAGUGUUAGGAAGCUGAAUAUCCUCAUGUUGAGGUUGCACAGAUUUGAAAGGCAAUGCCAGUAGUCCUGAACCAAGUCUGGGGCUUAGAUUUCUUUGUUUACUUACAGCCAUCUAACAGUCACUUACCUCUGGUUCCUGUUAAAGCAAUGAGAGCAGGUGAGGUUUCACGCCAAGGAAUAAGGAAUAUCUGGCACUAGUAAGAGUCCAAUGGGCUCAUGUGUCAAUAGGUAUCCAUAAUACUGCCGUAGUUCCUGUAGAAAGGACUGACAUGUGGUUUAAAGUUUUGGUUUCGUUUCCUUUUUCUUUUUGGGAUUUUCUUUUGGGCUAGUGGAAGAACUGAAAACUGUUAGGUUAAAACAGACAAUACUUUUACUGAGUCAUUUCAUUAAAGUUCCUACUAUGUCAGGUCCACACAAGAAUUUCCCUGGGAGGGAGGUUUUAGGCAGCGCUUUUCAGACAAUUUGAGUUGCCAGCUUUAGGGAAAAAAAGCUUUGAAGUCUUUUACUGAUGUCCUAGUGAUGCAAUCAUUCUCAGAAAAGGCUUUGAUCAGUGAGAAUGACACUGACCAUCUCAUAAAGUGGAGUUAGCGGAAAAAUUAUCAAAAGGACAUGCCUCGUUGUGCCUAGCAUGUAUAGAAAGUGGAUUGCUAUGAAGGGCUUGUGGUUUGGACUGUAGAAUUAAAUGGAUUGUGUUUGAUUUUCAGGGAGGUGUUUGGGUGAUAAAUAACAGUUAAAAAGUGGUCCAACACAAAGGUAAAGGGCCCUCCCUGCAGAGUUUUCGACUGACUGCCAUGAGAACAAGAAGGAACACAAGAGCUGAAAACGAGAACAGUGCUUUUGUCUGAGUCAGAGUGCUGAAAGUCCCAUGUUUGUCAGUGUAUCAUUGUGCUUUUGUGGGACCUCUUAAACACUGUGUGGUCUUGGACCCAGGCUUGCACCAUCUUUUCACAUACUUGCAGGCUUUCAAACUCUUAUCACCUGCUUCAAAACUAAUUAUCCAGACAUGGAGGUAGAAAAGCUAACACUUGCCGAGAAAAAUCAUCAGCAGACCUCACAUCGAAGCAGCUAUGUUGUCUAAUAAGCUUUGUGGGUGUUUUUCAUAGUAAAAACAAAAAAAUAAAAAUUAUAAACUGAGGCUUUGUCAAGCAGUAAACCAGACACAACUGCCUCUAUAGAUGUUCUGCCAUUUCUUUUCUACACAGGAGCGAUGGUCCUAUCUCUAAGUGGAUGACCAGACAUAAAUCUGGCAUCCACUGUCACACCACUAAUGACAUUUGGUGUGUUAAACACUGCCUGUACCAGAACCCCCUGUAUAACAAUAAAGGGGGUCUGUUUACAAUAUGAGGUCUCUAAAUCAGUUUGGCUGCUGCACACUGAAACCAAAUACAUUCCCAAUGAGAACCACAGGAGAAGUGAGUAAUGUCUUUCAAUAUACCCAUGUUCAUCUUGGAUGUAAUGUUUAAGAAUGAUACAUUUACACUUGAAAAACAAAUUAAAAAUUAAAAAAAGCAAAAAAAAAACAAACAAAAAAAAAAAAAACAAAAAAAAAAGAAAACACACAAAAACAUAUAUAUGUACAGUGCGGGCUAUGAUGUAAAUGGCACAAUCGCUAAAAACAGAACGACCUUUUUGAGAGAAACUAUAAAUAUUGUAUUAUAUUGUUUUAUUUUAUCAGCAUGCUUUGUUGUGUUUUUUGUAAAUACAGAAUUUUAAAAAUGUUACUUCUAAUAAUCAAAAAAAUGAAUAAUAAUAAUAAUAUAGAAUGGCUUCCAGCUAUGCCCUUUGUCACAUUUGUUACCUUUUGGAUUUUUUGAGACACUUUUCACUUUGUUGACGGAAACUGAAUGAAAUAUAGAUAUUAUAUAAUACAAAAGAUAUAUACAUGUAUACAUAUAUGUCUAUAUGUAUAUAAAUAAACAGAAGAACACUGUCACAUUUGAUUUAUGUGCAACACGUUCAGUGGAUAUCUAAAACUGGUUGUUUCCAGCACUCUUCUAUGUUGGGGAAUAGCUAAUGUGCAAUGUUACUGGAUGUAGCCUGAUCAUGACAAAAGGAUAAUGUUACCAGCACAUUUCUCACUUAAAUGUCAUAUCGUUCACCUUCAGAGUAUACAAGACACAGCCACAAACACAGACACACCAAGGUGACUCUUCCCACUGCCCACCAACUUUACUGGUGACGUCAGCUGGUGUGACUGAAUGCUUCACACACCCUGAGAUGAUUCCUACCCCAGGGACUUUCCCUCCUACCCAUACCCACACUUUAGUGCCAUUACAGUUCAACACACAUGCAAUCAUAAUGCCAUUAUCACACUUCUUUUGUUGAAUGGUUUGUUUCUAGUGUUCCACUCAAUGGCAUGUGCCUUUUUUCUGCUUUUUCUGCAAAUUUGGAUGUCAAUGCCACACUUAAAAAAAAAAAACAACAAUUAAGAAAAAAGAGAGAGAAAAAAACAAAAACAAAAAACCAAACUUGUUUCCAAAUGGUUGGGUGGGGAUUUGGGGUUGAUUUCAACAUUAAUUAGGGCUGCCGAGUCAGAAAUACUGCUGGAGGAUCAUCCAGACACCCCACUUCAUCUUAAUAUUCAACAGUGUGUGAUGUUAACAGAAAAACAGCUAACUCAAAAAUGUCCUGUUCUUAGUGCUAUGUGUGUCACCCACUUGGCUUGUGAAAAAGCAGCUUGCCUUCUAUAUUUUGGUUUGGUUUCUUCUAUAUUUCUGUUUCCAUCUGAAAUUUAUUUUUGUAUCAAUAUUUGAUUAUAGAACUCAUUCUUUUUUUUAAGCAUGGCAUUUUUCUUUUUUUCUUUCUUUUUUUUUUUUUUGCUGAAAAAUAAAAAAGUGCUUUUCAAACUGUUGUUAUCAUUUGACACCGUGAUAAAAGAGGUUAUACCGUACAAUAUGAUGGUGUGUUGCACAACCACUUGGACUCUUGGUUUAGAAUAUAUGAAAGAUUGUCUUCAUUUGAGCACGAACCUUUUUAUUACCAAUAAAGCAGCCUUCCAGUUA